UGUUGAGCAUUGGGGAACUCGUAGUGGUCGAUGUCCAAAGCGGGAAGCCUAACUUAGGGGUUUGCAAUUCCCAUCCCCACACGAAGUAUUAGCGACCCCGAUACAGCCGCUGUCUCCGUUUGGGGGACUUUUGCCCAAUGCACAUAUGACAUCGAUCCACGGGACAUUGUCAAUCUGCACCUAUUCGACGCCCUUCAGCAUCCCAAGUUCCCUUGGGCUUCAAAGUAUCUGCAUCGAGCACUCGUGUCAUGUCGGACACGAUGAAGUAUAUAUGAAUCUUUGCGUAGCAGGCAAUGGAUGCUUCACCACCCCUCGAUCAUGUCGCACAACCGACCCACGUUCCUCUCAAGCAAGAAGCAAGCACGAACCCGUCCGUCGCCCACAACUCGAGUCCACCGCGCCUAAAUCCGCGUAGCUGCGUCACUUGCCGCCGGAGGAAGGUCAGGUGUAACAAGAAGGAUCCAUGUGCAAACUGUGUAAGAGCUGGGAUUGAAUGCAUAUUUCCUGCGCCCGGGAGGGCCCCUCGAAAGUCCAGGAAACCGCCCGACGCGGAGCUUCUCGCACGAUUGAGAAGACUUGAAGGCGUGGUCCACAGUCUGGGAGCGCAUGUCGACGACGAUGGUAUCGUGUCGCCCGCCAUCACAGGAUCCGCAGACAUCCGUGCGCGCUUUGGUGACUCUCAGCCUGGCGACUCACCAUCGUCGGACCGCUCAGAAUACACGAAGCGGCAGUCAAUUGAUAAGCAUCCGGGCCAUCUGGUCAUCAGUGAAGACCGUAGUCGAUAUGUCAGCAACGCAUUCUGGACGAGCAUGACUGAAGAGAUUGCAGAAAUGCGAGAUCUGCUCGAUCCGGCGACGACGGACGACGACGACGAGAAACUUUCCCCAGAACAUGAUCGGCAAAGUGGCACUCACCAGGCUUUCAUCUUUGGCUACUCUUCCAUAAUGCUUGACCUCAGAGAACUACACCCCAGUCCAAGCCAAAUAUUCAUUCUAUGGGAGGUUUUCAAAGAAAAUGUCGAUCCUGUCGUACGCAUACUGCACCGUCCUACCGCUAGAGUCAUUCUCAUGAAUGCGGCAAGCAGUCUGGACCGGUUGUCUAAGCCGGCCGAGGCUUUAUUGUUCUCGAUAUACUUUGGAGCUGUGGUGAGCAUGACUCCGGAGCAGUGCCGUCAGCUCCUGGACGAAGACAAAGACUUCCUUCUAAAGAGAUAUCGCUUCGCGACCGAGCAGGCAUUGGCUCGGGCGGAUUUCUUGAACAGCUCCAGUUUGAUGUGUUUGCAGGCUUUCUCCUUUUUUCUCAUAUUCGUUAGGCAUUGUGAUGAUUCCCGACUGGUGUGGGCGUUGGGUGGCCUUGCAAUCCAUGUAGCUCAAUCUCUGGGCAUCCAUCGGGACGGUACGAACUUUGGAUUGAAUCCCUUCGACACCGAAAUGCGGCGGCGUCUGUGGUGGCAUUUAUCCAUAUUGGACAAUCGGUCCGCUGAGGAUCAUGGCGCUGAUCCCACAUUCGACGAGCAGUUCUACGAUACUAAGGUCCCAUUGAAUUUCAACGACGAGGACAUCUUCCCCGGUAUGAAGGAAUAUCCGGCUGAACGAAUUGGUUCCACUGAAAUGACCUUCUGCUUGAUCCGAUUCGAACUCAGCGUGUUUUCCCGUCGCUUGUUGUUUACGGCACCUGGGAAGGCUGCAGGCCAGGUGCCGGAAGUGAGCAUCGAGGAGAAAGAGAAACUGAUUGAUGACAUUCAUCGCUCGCUGGAAGAAAAGUACUUGCGACACUGCGACAUGAACACGCCUAUCCUUUGGGUGGCGGCGACGGUGGCUCGACUCAUUCUUGCCAAAAUGUGGCUAGCGGUGCACCAUCCCCGAUCUUUUGGAGUUGACAAGGAAAGCUCCGCGAUGCCUCGAGAGAUUCGAGAUCGCGUCUUUAUCACUUCUGUGGAAGUCAUUGAGUUCUCCCAUCUCCUAGAGAAGAAUGAGAACACAGCAAGGUGGGCUUGGUUCUUCCGUACCUAUUUGCAGUGGCAGUCUGUCGCCUUUGCGCUGUCCGAGGUCUGCAACCGACCACCUGGACCUGAUGUCGAGCGGGCUUGGAGAGCGAUCGAAUCAGUCUACAACGAUCAAAUGAUCAAAAACUUGAAGACGCAGAAGGGCAUGUUAUGGAAGCCACUGCGCCAUCUUAUGGCCAAAGCCAAGGUCCGCAGAGCCGCUCAACACGCACAAGCGGCAAAGCAAGCGUCGGGACAGUCCGACGUUUUGUCCAGAGAAGGGAACAUCUCAGCACCAACGGAGGGAUCGAUGCAAGAUUACGCUGACCCUAGUGGUGGAAACCCAUUCGAAAACUUCGCAAUGGUCGAACAGCCCUAUGCUGCAGGUGUGUCAAUGCAGGCCACCAUGCCUGUACACACACAGGUGAAUAGGAGCGAGUUCUUCUCAGAAGAUAAUUUGACCGGAGGAAACUGGACGCCGGAACAGAUGCCCAUGCCGAGCAACAACGAUAUCCUGAAGUUCGGAUGGUCACCCUCCUUGGGCGACUCACGACAAGAAGGAUUCGAACGAUUCUUUAUGAAUUUGCAAGAAGAAUGGUUUUGAAUUUGUACGCGAUGGACGGUUGACAUCAAUACCCAAAAAUGGUCCAGCAUGCACUCUUGGGAACCCAGGAUGUGACAGGAUUUCACGUUCACCAUUUGCUUGCUGCAACAAGAAUUUUGAUGGGUUGGUCAUAGUAGGGC